UUAGUUCAAAGUGUUUGUGGGAGCAGAAAGGCAAAUUGGCUUAGCAUGUGCAUUCAGUGCGAGGUGGGUGAAGAGAGAGGCGGAGGAGGUUUUAGGAAGUCAAACUGUGUUUAAGAGAACAUAGGCCACCAGGAGAUGAUCAUUUUUAGGCCCACCAGCCUCCAGGGCAGAACUCACAGAGAGCAAAACCCUGGGAGGGAAGAACUUAGGGAAGCGGACCCAAGAAUCUCCAAAGUUACGUAGGUGUGCAGGCAAUAUGAAGCUGACCCUGGUCCAGAUCUUUUUCAUCAUGCUUCUGCUGCUACUGGGCCUGGGGUUGGGCCUAGGGCUGGGGCUUCAAAUGGCUGCAGCAGUCCUGGAGGACAGUGAUCAGCCACUGAAUGAGUUUUGGUCCAGUGACUCACAGGACAAGGCUGAGGCCACUGAGGAGGGAGAGGGCACUCAGACCCCAGAAACCCUGGUGCUUAGCAACAAAGCAAUUGUGCAGCCUGGCUGGCCAGAAGAGACCAUCUUCAGUGAAGAUGAGGUCGGAGAGAGCCAGGGUCUCAGAGCGGAGGCCCUUUUUCAGAGCUACAGAGACUAUCUUAGGCUUGACUUGACAGCCAGAGAAUGUAAUGCCAUGAUGGCACCCAAGAUGAAGCAGCACAAUCACAGUUGCAUAACCGAGUACACAUUCAUCCAUGAGGAUCCAAGCGAGGUCAAAGCCAUCUGUAACAGUCCCACUGUUGCCUGUGAGCUCAAGGGGGCCAAAUGUCACAAAAGCCCUCGCCCUUUCGACUUGACAUAUUGCAAGUUGUCUAAACCAAGCCAAGUCACCCCUAACUGCAGUUACCUAACUUUCAUUAUGGAGAAGGUCAUUCUUAUAACCUGUAAGGAUAUGAAGCUCCAGUUAACAGCUAUACUAUGAGGCAAUUUAUCCUGUUCCUUCUCCACAUCCUAUUGUCCUCCAUUUGCUCUCCCAUUUCCAUUUUUUCUUGUUGCUCUCCUCUUCUCAAGUAUCCUGCAGAGAAGGUCUUGAGAAGAGCAGACAGAUUAUUCUUUAUCAUUAUCUUCCAAAAAUAAAAUUCUUCUUUGCCUUAGAGGUCAUGCAAUUUUUGUUUUGGUCCUGGGAACAGAGGUGGCAGAAUAGAGCAAAGAUGCCUAGUUUUUCUGCCUGUCUUGUCUAACCCUUUCCUUGGAAAGGGGUAAGAAGACUGCUGCUCUUGUUCCUACCAUGAUCCUUAUAAUCAGUCUGUUCCCUGGUCGGAGUUUACCUUUGGGUAUAAUUUAAUGCAUCCUUUACCCAUCUUCUCCCUGGUACCCACCUUGGGCUUCUAUGGCAAUUACAUGUCUCCUAGGCUUUGCACAAUUGCACUUCUCUGCUGUGUAUG